CUGAGAGCUGCUUUCUCUCACCACUCCCUGUCCUCACUGCAGUCUUGCUGUCCCAGAGCUGCUCCUGACAAAUGGCACCAAUGGUGCUGGCCCUCAUCCUGGGUUGGUGGCUGGUGGCAAUGAGCAGAGCACGGCAUUUGCCCAGACCCUCCCUGUCGCUGCACCCCAGCCAGGGGGUGUCCCUGGGGGACACUGUCACCCUGCGCUGCCACCUGCCCCGAAUGCGUGCCUGGGUCUGGCUGUACCAGGACGGAGGUAGGACACACAACAAGUACCAGGACAAGGAGCAGGAUGCGGUCGAGUUCUCCUUCGUUAUCACGAGUUGGGAGCAUGCAGGGGCGUAUCG